GAAGGGAGCUCAGGGACUCCAGAAAGGUCUAUGGUGAGGACCGCUGGCUGUGUACUCUGCUGCUGAAACAAGGAUGGAGAGUGGAGUACAACGCAGCGUCUGACGCUUACACCAACGCACCCGAGGACUUCAAAGAGCUCUACAACCAGCGUCGUCGAUGGGGACCCUCCACGCUGGCUAACGUUGUGGAUCUGCUGGGCGCCACUAAUACAAUCUCCAGGAGGAACCCUUCCAUCUCCAAACCCUUCAUGUUCUACCAGCUGUUUGCCAUCACAUCAGCCAUCCUGGCCCCCGCCACCAUCUGUCUCCUGAUUGCAGGUAGCUUAUCCUUCAUGUUGAGCCUGGAUGCCAGUUGGGCCCUGGUCCUGGCUAUAAUCCCCCCUAUCAUCUACCUGAUUCUUUGCUUCAAACUCAAGACGGACACUCAGAUCAUUAUUGCAGCUAUUUUGAGCAUCAUAUAUGCCUUCCUCAUGUUGGUGGUGACGAUGUCCAUUAUUGGCUCAAUGGUGAAAGACCAAACCAUCCUGACGCCAAGCAGCCUUUUUGUCGUGGCGAUGGCUAUCAUUUACAUCACCACCGCGAUAAUGCACCCUCAAGAAGUCGGGCUGGUGUUUCACGGCUUCCUUUACAUCAUCUGCAUCCCCAGCGCCUACCUCCUGCUCACCAUCUACUCCAUGGUGAACAUGAACAACGUGUCCUGGGGCACCAGGGAGACAAAACCUCCUCCUGGAGCCGCCCAGCCUGCAGCCGUCGAACCAAAAUCAAGAAGAGAGAGAGCCAAGAGCACCUGCCAACGUUUCUUCUCGUGGUGCAAAUGCUGCAAGAAAUCCAACGAGUACACCGUAGGCAGGCCGGUCAGCGUCAACCAGGAUACUCUGAUAACAGAGCCCGAGCCACAGCCCCUAAACACCAUCGUGGAUGACACAUCAAUCCACGAAAGGCAGAUGCCAGUGGAGCCAGCUUUCCGUCCCGCUCAAUGCUGGGUCGAGCAACUACAAGGAGUAUCCACUGACAUGCAGCUGCGAGAAGACUCCCUGGAUAAGGAUGAGGAAGAGUUCUGGAUUGAGCUGCAGAAGAAAUAUCUGGAGCCGCUGCAAGACGAUAAAGAGAGACAGAAAAAGAUUGCCCAAGACCUGAAAGACCUGAGGAACAAAAUAAACUUCGCCUUCUUCAUGUUGAACGCUCUCUGGCUGGUGGCGACAUUUACCCUCCAGAUCUUCGGAGCCUCCUUCUUCAUCAAGAUCCCAAAGGUGAACUUCGAACUGGAGGAAACCGGAGACGUACAAAUUGAUCCCAUCGGCUUCAUGUUCAUUCUGGGGUUCGCGACGUCGGUUGUGAUCCAGUUCGUCGCCAUGCUGUAUCACAGAAUCUACACUCUAGUCCAUUAUGUGGCUUUCAUGGACACAGAGCCCAGACAGCAAAGACCUACCAGAGAGGAAAUCUACCAAGAGGAGAAAAAGAUUGACGGCUCAUCCAACGAUGACAUCGUGUCCCAAGCGGAGUCUGAUGACUGGUCGGACGAUGAAGAUGAGGACGAGGAGGAUGACGGUGAAGACUAUUACUCCCAAGCGAUGUACGACAGAAGUUUCGCUGGAGGCACGAUGGUGUGAACAAAGCCUCCCAGCACAACCAGAACUCUUUAGCACUUUGAAAUGUCCACCGUAUGUGAGCUUAGAAUGUUUUUAUUAUGUGUGUAUUAUUUAAAAUUUGAUCCUGUGCAAUUUAUUUAUAUGAAAUUGUAUUAAAAAUGAAUGUCAGGCAGAGCCUUGAAGUGAUGGAUGUAAAAAAGAAAGGGAGCAAGAAUAACACAGACGUCUAAAAAACACCACAUCAGUGAAUGUAACAUUGUUUAUAAUAUUUAUGAAGGCUAUGUACUGUAAAUACUAAAAUACUAUUUAAGUACUGAAUAUGUACUGUGAAGAGGAAUGAAUGUUUAGACGCAAAUGUGAAGAGAAAUAACAAAGUCCAUCUUUUAAAUCCAAGAGCGUGAAGUAAAUCUAGAUGAAGGGAGAGUUACGUGAAUCUUGAAUGAUAAUCAGGGGAGAACGUCUGAUGUUUGCACUGUAUGAUCAGAAGAGUAAAUGUUGUUGAAUAUGUCAUAGUUAUCAUUUUUAAAUUGCUUGCAUGUUUUUCUUUGUGUUUAUGAUCCCAAAUCUUGCAGUGGAUUGACUCUGCUGUACAAAUCAGGAACACAUCUGAUUGCACUAUGUGUACAAAUGUUUUCAGUAUGCACUGCUUUUUUUAAUUUAACAAACU